ACAGCAACAGGAAAAAGGAACAAAGUGAGGGAAAGGCAAGGAACCCAGAACUCCCUCCAUGGUAUUUAACACCCCCCACCUCCACCCACAUAUAAUACAAGAAAGAUGAGAUGUCAGAUAGCAGCAUGGGCCUUCCUGAUUGUUUCUGUACUCUCAAGCUGGUGUUCUGCUGCCCACCUUCAGGAUGAGGGCCCAUUGCUAACUGGAACACCACUCUCAGAGCCAGAGUAUGAUCAGUUCUUCAAACCUCUUCGUGCCCCUUACCGAGCUAGUGCCACCUGCCUCAUUCGUGCCUUGUAUGGCUGCCAGAAUCCUUUGAUCCAGAGACUGGACCAAUACGAAAACCAUGGAGUCAUCCCUCAGGGACCUGUAUGCUCAGACCUGCCUGAAAUUCCCUUCUUCGCAGACUUUUGUACAUUUACCUUUUAUCGCUGUACUAUGAAAAAGUAUUUUGUUAAGAGGGUUAUAUGCCCGGAAGAGAUCCAAAGCAAGUCUGGUAGGAUACGAAUCUUCAACGAAGACGUCACUGCCAGUGGCAGACUUUUGCCCCCAACAAAGCCCUCUCCCGAGUCUUCCACCACCACCACAGGACCCCUACCUCCUUCUGGUACAGGAGCAACUGUUGUCAAGGAUAUCCUCCUACCAACUUCACCCCAAACCAACUCCCACACGAGAAUAUUCUUGAUCUUCUCUCAGAGCCUACCUAAACCACAGAGCAUACCAAAAAACUUCCCUGUCAACCAGAUCAGAGAAGAGGCUGAAAGUGGCCAGCAGCAAGAAGAGCUGUCCCGCCCCCAGGAGUCCCAUCUACCCACCAGCGACCUGGAAGACCUCUUUCUGCGGCUACAAGACCCCAAUGUGCAGCACUGGAUGCAGGCAAUGCAGGUGCUACUGGCCAAGCUGAAGCCAGCAGGAGAACAAGAGCUACAGGCUACUUCCCUGAAGCUGCUGAUGGCACUGAACCAUGCAGACAUACAGCAGGAGGCUAAGCCAACAGCAACAAAAACAGUUCAGGAGAGAGAAAAAGCAGCAAGGAAGGAGCAGCCAUGAAGCCAUGCUGGCUGGUUUAUAUAAAAGAAGAGUCCAGUGUGCAAGCUUCAGUCUAAGCUGACCUUUGAAAGGAAAGCAUCUUACAUAUGGGACUUCCCUGGAACCAUCAGUGUAAGGGAGGUGCUCAGGUUACUAAAUAUGUGAAGUUCUUUUAAGGUUUCCUGCGUUUCCCAUAGCCCAGGUGUGGGAAUGAAGAGGGAAUGCCUGGCUGUUUUUUGGGUUUGAAGAAGGAUCAGCUGAAAUGGGAUGAUCAAGGAUUCAACAGGAAGAAAGCUUCCCUUUGGAAACAAUAGGUCUAAGUGAAAGUUUCCCUCUUUCAUAUGAAUAAUUUUGCUAUUGUGUCAUUCUUUAAGAUGGCAGGUCUCCAUUCCCAGAAAGGAGGGGGAACGGUGGUGGAGAAAGUGACUCAUACUGCCUAUUUGGGUUUGUAUCCUGCCCCAAAAAUAAAGGCUGUUCUGCACAGA